AACAGGGAUGUUUUGUAGCAGAAUCGUUUUGUGCAAAUACAACACAUCGUAAUUCAAGCAACAGUACAGGAUAUGAGGAUUCUACAAACCUGGGAACCAUAAUAGGGAUAGCAACAUCAAUUACAAUACUGAUUUCACUUGUCAUACUGCUGCUGUAUUUAAAGUUCAAGUUUACAAAGAGAAAACAGAGACAACAUAUUAUUGAUACACAAUCUGAGGAACGACAAAGAUUCAUUCCGAUCAGGGAAAGAGGUCCGAGAGAACUGGUAGUUUUGAAUGCAGAUUCCAAGUUUACAAUAGGAAAACCGAAAAAGGCAAUAGAAAACAAACGUAAAAUCAUGGAAUCCGAGGAAGAAGAAGAAAAACUUUCUCAUCUGCUGGGAGACUACAGUGUUUGGAAAACAAAUAUUUCAGAGAAAUUCGAUACAUUGUCUGCAGAGGAGUUGUGUAUGUUAGUUUGCUUUUUGUGUGCUGACUCUGGUAGCCCUGAUUUUGCUGAACCAACAUGGUUAGAAAUUCUUAAUAAGAUAAAAUCUAAAUUGAAUGAAGAAGAUCCUCUUUCAAAGAAAGAAGCUCUUAAGACUCUAGACAAACUUAAAUCAAGUGAAUUCCUACUUAAUGACGAGAAUGGCGUACGGAUUACUGAAGAUGCUGCAGAUGAAAUCAUGUAUGUAUUUGUGGAAUAUGCUUUUGCCCGUAGUGACUUUAAUGUGUAUUACCUUAGUUUUGAAACAACCAGGAAGUACACAAGAGCACAAGGGUACAAACGCAAACCUGGUGAAAAGUGUGCAAUAUGUCUUAGUCCAGAAGUUGAAUCGUUAAUACUAUAUCGUCUGCAAACAGACUUUCUUAUCCAUGUCACUAUGGAGGAUACAGGGAUAUACAACAAAGUGUUUCAAAUAUUAAACAUUCCUGUCAGUAUUUUACAGAAACCUUUCAAUGAAAGGGAAAGGUUUCUAAAAGAUCUACAAGAAAAUGGCGAGACUGUACCUAGAGGUGAAUCAAAAAAGAGUGCAAAACCCGUAAAAUGGCAUCCUAGAUUUUGGAGACAUGAUCUUACUAGAUCCAACAUAGGUCUCCAUCCUCACUUGGAUCUCUUUAUCAUCAACAACAUAGCUUACAGAAAACCAAGUUGCUACCAUAAAUAUCCAGCUGAUGUCAGAAGUUUGCUAUACAGCUUGCUAUUCAUGAAGAAAUACACUGUUCAAAACAUAGAUGAGUCCUUUAAACUUCUGUCGAAAAAAGUCAGAAAGAAAUAUUUUACAAAAAUUACAAGUCAUGGUAAUAUUAAUAUGUCAAUUCUCCCAAAGGACUUGACAAGAACUCAAGCUGGUUUCACAACAUUUGCAUCAGAUGCCAUUCGCCAUGAUAUAAUGUAUGCUUUUGUCACCGAAUGUUUAUUGGGCGACAGUGACCUCGAGUUCUUUCUCUCUGAGGCCUCUUGUGACGUCAUAUCUGAAUACUGCAGAUCCUGGGGCUAUGAGAGAAGUGACGGAGAAAGAUGUCUGUAUGUCCCUUAUAGACCGGAAUCAAUGAUGAAUGUCUUUAUAGACAAACUUCAGAUGAACAUUAUCAGCCAUUGCACCGUUUCAGAUGAAAAUGUGUUUGAUAGUAUAUGUGAACAACUUAAAGUCCCAGUAGAGGUACUUCAUUGGAAUGAACAAGCCAGAAAGCGUUACGUAGAGUACACAAAGAAAGGGACAUGGGCGGUGCAUCAAGCCAGGGGGAUGAUUGUAGGUUGUGCAGGAGCAGGCAAGACUACUCUACUUAGACGUCUGCUUCGCUGUAGUGAAGAAGAAAUUAUGAACACUGAGACUACUGAGGAAAUAGAGGUCCAUGAGGAAAUAUUUGAGAUUUGUCAAGAAACAAAAUCAUUAAAAGCUACCUGUUUGAGGAAUGAGUACGGUGGGGAAGAAAGACCAUCAAAAACUUUGACUUUCUUCGACUUUGGAGGACAAUGUGUCUACUAUGCAUGUCACCAGAUCUACCUGACCAGGAGAGCUUUCUACAUAGUGGCAGUCGACGCUUCUAAGAACCUGGAUGAGGAAGUUGACGAUAAACUAUGUGAUCAAACUAGAAGCCUCUUCUCAAAAUGGACAUAUGGGGACUAUUUUGUAUUUUGGAUCAAGUCCAUUCAUACUUAUUGCGGAACAGAAAAGGAAAAGACGUAUCGUCCAAUUAUCCUUAUUGUUGCCACGCACUGGGAGAACAAAAUAUACAAGAGUAAAGAAUGUUUUGUUGAGCGUUUACAAGGCAAGAUUCCAGAGAACUCAUUUUUGCUACAGUACGUGAAAAUAGAAUGCUGCUUUUUCACACAGUUUCCCCCCACACCUCUAGAAGCAUUAGAAAAACGCAUAUCAGAGAUUUCGCUCCAAGACCACUGGAAAAAAAAUAUUCCGAAAGACUGGGCUCUUUUUGACAUUGAAAUCAGCGAAAGGAAAUCUAGGACAAAAAUCCUUGAUCUGUCAAACAUAGUAACGUUGACUAGGGAAAAGGCAGAAGAAAAAGGAAACACAGAAGAAAAUGAAAAGAAAGACAUGCUUCGGUAUUAUCAUGAUGUUGGAAAAGUUUUGCAUUUCAACGAAGAUGGUUUAGAAAACUUGGUUAUUAUUGAUGUACAAUGGUUUGUUAACAUUUUCAAAGGCAUUAUCACUGAUAAAAAUCACUUAGAUGGCAUUGCAACAAGGUUAGAUUGGAAUAACUAUUACUAUACUGGACAUAUGACAAAAGACAUUUUAAGAGAACUUAUUAAAACCAAAGACGAAAAAGAAAGAAAAGAAGCUUGCAAAAAUGACAAUUCCGUAGCUCCUCAUUCUGUUUCGAAGAAACCUUUUUCUCGUAAGUCAGAAAAAUCUGUGUAUUUCCAGAGAGAUGAAUCACAAAGUACUGAAGAAAAAAGCGUUAAUCAGAGUUUGCCAUAUCAUCUGGAUAACUUUGACAUUAUCUUUAAGUUCAUGGAAAGACUGGGAUUAAUAGCUUCUGAAGGAAAAGAUCUCUAUAUACCAUGCAUGAACAGAAAAACGUUUGACAAAAAUAUCCUAAAUAAGAUCGUCGAAUCCAAAACUUCCAUUCUAGUAUUUCAGUUCAAAUACCUUCCUUACUUUUUAUACUUUCGUCUUGUAGUUGCUUGUCUGGGUGCAGAGGGUUGGAAGGUGUUGAAGAAUGGGAAUUCGUGUCUUUACAAGAACGUUGCUUUGUUUUCAUACAAAGACCACAAAAUUGCAAUUGCAGUCACGGAAACGUCAAUACAGCUUCAAAUAUACUUUCCAAAUGAUUCCUUUAACUCUUCGUCAGAUGUAGUGAUAUCUUGUGACAUCCAAGAAAUUGUUGAAAAACUACUGGAGAAAAUUACAUCAAAUUAUCAUAAAAGAGUCGAAUAUGUCAGAGGCUUUAGCUGUAGGGAUGAAAAAGAGCAAUGCCUAACAAUGGAUAUGGAAGGUCAUUUCAUUCCCGAGAAAGACAUUAAGAUAGGAAACCAAGUCAGUUGCCCGUUGCAUCAAGUUGAGAGUCACCAUUUUGUCAACACAAAAGAAUUAACGAGGUACUGGAUCUGUGGUACUGUUUAG